UGUUCUGGGAAGCAGCCAUGGAAUUGUCUCCAGGAAUUGUGUCCUAACUUCUGCCCUUUAACAGUCUCCUGUGCCCAGAAGCAGCAAAUGUCCAACAGCAGCUCCAUCACCCACUUCCUCCUCCUGGAACUCACAGACACACAGCAGCUGCAGCUCCUGCACUUCUGGCUCUUCCUGGCCAUCUACCUGGCUGCCCUCCUGGGCAAUGGCCUCAUCAUCACUGCUAUAGCCUGGGACCAUCACCUCCACACCCCCAUGUACUUCUUCCUCCUCAACCUCUCCCUCCUCGACCUAGGUGCUAUCUCCACCACUGUGCCCAAAUCCAUGGCCAAUUCCCUGUGGCACACCAGGGACAUUUCCUAUGCAGGAUGUGCUGCUCAGGUCUUCUUCUUUGUUUUCUUGGUUGCAGCAGAGUUUUAUCUCCUCACUGUGAUGUCCUACGAUCGCUACGUUGCCAUCUGCAAACCCCUGCACUAUGGCACCCUCCUGGGCACCAGAGCUUGUGUCCACAUGGCAGCAGCUGCCUGGGCCAGUGGGCUUCUCACUGCUGUGAUGCACACAGCCACUACAUUUUCCCUGCCCCUCUGCCAAGGCAAUGCUGUGGACCAGUUCUUCUGUGAAAUCCCUCAUAUCCUCAGGCUCUCCUGCUCCAACUCCUACCUCAGGGAAGUUGGGAUGCUUGGAUUUAGUCUUUCUGUGGUUUCUCUGUGUUUUGUGUUCAUUGUGGUGUCCUAUGUGCAGGUCUUCAGUGCAGUGAUGAGGAUGCCCUCUGAGCAGGGACGCCACAAAGCCUUUGCCACCUGCCUCCCUCACCUGGCUGUGGUCUCUCUGUUUGUCAGCACUGCCAUCUUUGCUGAUCUGAAGCCUCCCUCCAUCUCCUCCCCUUCCCUGGACCUGGUGGUGUCAGUUCUGUAUUCAGUGGUGCCUCCCACAUUGAAUCCUCUCAUCUACAGCCUGCGGAACCAGGAGCUCAAGGAUGCCCUGAGGAAACUGACAUCCCACAUUUCAGAGUGA